AACACGAACGUCAACAUUCGCAGCUGGCACAGUAUCAAAAUGAAGCAAAUCACUGAAGAAUCUGCUAUUUAUCCGCAUAAAAGCAUAUCUGGAUUUAUUCAAGAAGUUCGCCUGAGAAAAAUAACGGGGUCGCACAAGCUGACUUCAAAGACCCUGUCUCUGGUGACGGAUUUGAUCGCCAAGGAACCAUGGCAGACAGCGGAAGAACUUUUGGCAUUAAUUCGCACGCAAGGAAGUUUCCUUGCCGCCGCGUUGCCCCACGAUAUCGUCAUAGCAAACACGAUCCGGCGCAUCAUGAAAAUCGUACGCGAAGAAUACGAUUCCUCCCGAGUGGUCCAUUUCGAUGACGCGCAAAGCAUACUUUCACUUCACAAGCUGGUGACGCAAGGUGCUGAUCCUGAAAGGGGCAACUACUCGAAACCAAUGCCUGGGCUAAAGACGGCACUAGUGGAUCACCUUUCGGAAAUCGGUACCGAGCUGGAGACGACGGCGGAAAACAUUUCCGCACAAGCGGCAGAGCACAUCCAUUCGGCGGAACUGAUCAUGACUAUCGGCUAUUCGCGAGCCGUGGAAAAGUUUCUCAAAAAAGCCGCCGAAAGUCGGCCCAUUGAGGUGGUCGUCGUUGAGUGUGCUCCCGACUGCCUUGGUCAGCAACUGGCGGCAAAUCUAGGCCGUGCCAAGAUUCAAACCACCCUCAUAUCGGAUGCCGCUAUCUUCGCCAUUAUGUCCCGCAUUAAUAAGAUCAUCAUUGGUACGCACUCGGUUCUUGCAAACGGUGGUCUGCAAGCGUUGUGCGGAACGUACAGUUUAGCUUUAUCGGCGAAACACUUUUCGGUGCCAGUGAUCGUGUUAGCUCCAACGUAUAAAUUAACACCGGUGCACCUGUGCAACUACGAGCAAGGUGAUUUCAAUAUUCUCAACAACACAGAAGCGGUGUUGCCAUUCAAAUGUCCUGCGGCUCGGUUUACUAAAGCGUACAACCCGCUGUUUGACUAUGUUCCGCCAGAACUGGUCACGCUUUUCAUCACCAACAACGGAGCAAAUGCACCAUCGUACGUUUACCGUCUGAUAAGUGAACUCUACCAUCCGGAAGAUAAUCAACUAUGAAGAUAUUGUUGUUAACAAGGUUGUAUUGACUGGUUUGAUAAUUCGAAUGAAACCAAUAAAAAUGAACAAGUAA